AUGGGCCUGUUGGCUAGGAUAAGGAAAGAAUGGUUUAUUAUCGGCAUAGUGGCAGUAAUCGUGUCCGCGAAACUACAGCCUGCAUUUGGAGUGAAAGGAGGUGAGUUGAAGUUGACACUGAUGUGAUGGUCAUCAACGUUCAUGUCAACAUUGUUUUAGCUAACAGUUUAUUCAAAACAUAAGUUAGAUCUUAUGAUUUUCCAUAAUGGUUCGGACAAGAAUGGUAAGUGCCUACUUGAACAUUUUGUGUUUGCAAGUUGGACAGCGAUAUCUGUUGAGCUGUCACGCUCACUCAAGCAGGUGAGUUGACCUAGCCCUUGAUCACCACUCAAUUCCAUUACAUACCACAUAUGUCAUUGGACGAAGGCAUCUUCUGUAUGGGGGCAGUUUUGUGAAGAGCCCUGAUGCUUUGUCUGAACGUCAACAGGGACCUUUAUCUUUCAUAUCAGCGAGAAAUAAUUUUCUAUAGGGUCAGCGUUCCCACAUGGCAAUAUCUGCAUGUUACAGCGCGUUUAUGGAAGACCUACUGAAGACAGAAGACUAAUUAGCUAUCUAGCUAUUAGCUAUCUAGCAUGCUCCGAACACCUGUGUGAAGGCCGCCAGAAACGUGUUGUCACUGAAAAAUACUGUCCCCUGUUCUGCUACUACUGUUUCAGCCUACAGUAUCCUAUUCACAGCUUUAUCAGCGAUGACCUGAAAGAUAGCAGUUUGCUACUGUGGGUAGCUAGGCCUCACGGUUCAAUAGUAGUUUAGUUGUGAUAAAUUGGCCUAUUGUGUAGGGAGGGGACCGUGUGUAGUAGUUAGCUAGCUACCUGUCCGGGCUAAAGUGACACGAUAGCGCUUUACGCUUAGCACCCAGGAAACAGACGAGUUCGCACCAUCCAAUACACACACAGAAACACUCCUCCAUAUCCGGGAGCACAGCUUACCUCCUGUUUCCUCAUUUAAGUUCUAGAGUCUAGGAAUAAUAUGCUUAUCCUAUAUGCUUUGUGUGUCCUGAUACCUGUGUUUGCUUAUGUAUUAGUUUCUCUCGCUCUCUCUCUCGCUCUCUCUAUCUCUGUCCUCUCUCUCUCUCUCUCUCUCUCUCUCUCUCUCUCUCUCUCUCUCUCUCUCUCUCUCUCUCUCUCUCUCUCUCUCUGUCUCUCUCUCUCUCUGUCUCUCUGUCUCUCUCUCUCGCUCUCUCUAUCUCUGUCUCUCUCUCUCUCUCUCUCUCGCUCUCUCGCUCUCUCGCUCUCUCGCUCUCUCGCUCUCUCGCUCUCUCUCUCGCUCUCUCUCUCUCUGUCUCUCUCUCUGUCUCUCUCUCUCUCUCUCUCUCUCUCUCAGGUCCACUGAGGCCAGAGUUCACGAUCACCUAUGUGGCGGUGUCAACCAUUUUCUUCAACAGUGGCCUGUCAUUAAAAACAGAGGUAAAGAGACGUUUACAUUCAGCGUUAGUGAAUCAGACUCCUCGGUCUAAUGAUUUGCGAAAGUCUGGACUGCACAGAUAGUUUAGUUACCACAUAAUGGCCGGUUUUCCAAAAGCUAUUUAAUUGGAGAUUCUCCAUUGAGCAUGCAUUUUCAUCCCGGCCCAAAGGGUUUUGUUUGCAUGGUUCAUUGAUACUGCUCUCCCCCUCCCCAUAUUCCUCUAGGAGUUGACCGGUUUGAUGCUUCUCCCUCCCCAUAUUCCUCUAGGUGUUGACCGGUUUGAUGCUUCUCCCUCCCCAUAUUCCUCUAGGAGUUGACCGGUUUGAUACUGCUCUCCCCUCCCCAUAUUGCUCUAGGAGUUGACCGGUUUGAUGCUUCUCCCUCCCCAUAUUCCUCUAGGAGUUGACCAGUUUGAUGCUUCUCCCUCCCCAUAUUCCUCUAGGAGUUGACCGGUUUGAUGCUUCUCCAUAUUCCUCUAGGAGUUGACCAGUUUGAUGCUUCUCCAUAUUCCUCUAGGAGUUGACCAGUUUGAUGCUUCUCCCUCCCCAUAUUCCUCUAGGAGUUGACCGGUUUGAUGCUUCUCCAUAUUCCUCUAGGAGUUGACCAGUUUGAUGCUUCUCCCUCCCCAUAUUCCUCUAGGAGUUGACCAGUUUGAUGCUUCUCCAUAUUCCUCUAGGAGUUGACCGUUUGAUGCUUCUCCCUCCCCAUAUUCCCUCUAGGAGUUUGACCGGUUUGAUGCUUCUCCCUCCCCAUAUUCCUCUAGGAGUUGACCGGUUUGAUGCUUCUCCCUCCCCAUAUUCCUCUAGGAGUUUGACCGGUUUGAUGCUUCUCCCUCCCCAUAUUCCUCUAGGAGUUGACCGGUUUGAUGCUUCUCCCUCCCCAUAUUCCUCUAGGAGUUGACCGGUUUGAUGCUUCUCCCUCCCCAUAUUCCUCUAGGAGUUGACCGGUUUGAUGCUUCUCCCUCCCCAUAUUCCUCUAGGAGUUGACCAGUUUGAUGCUUCUCCAUAUUCCUCAAGGAGUUGACCGGUUUGAUGCUUCUCCCUCCCCAUAUUCCUCUAGGAGUUGACCGGUUUGAUGCUUCUCCCUCCCCAUAUUCCUCUAGGAGUUGACCGGUUUGAUGCUUCUCCAUAUUCCUCAAGGAGUUGACCGGUUUUGAUGCUUCUCCCUCCCCAUAUUCCUCUAGGAGUGACCAGUUUUGAUGCUUCUCCCUCCCCAUAUUCCUCUAGGAGUUGACCAGUUUGAUGCUUCUCCCUCCCCAUAUUCCUCUAGGAGUUGACCAGUUUGAUGCUUCUCUCUCCCCCUCCCCAUAUUCCUCUAGGAGUUGACCAGUUUGAUGCUUCUCCCUCCCCAUAUUCCUCUAGGAGUUGACCGGUUUGAUGCUUCUCCUCCCCAUAUUCCUCUAGGAGUUGACCGGUUUGAUGCUUCUCCCUCCCCAUAUUCCUCUAGGAGUUGACCGGUUUGAUGCUUCUCCCUCCCCAUAUUCCUCUAGGAGUUGACCAGUUUGACGCUUCUCCCUCCCCAUAUUCCUCUAGGAGUGUGACCGGUUUGAUACUGCUCUCCCCCUCCCCAUAUUCCUCUAGGAGUUGACCGGUUUGAUCCUUCUCCCUCCCCAUAUUCCUCUAGGAGUUGACCAGUUUGAUGCUUCUCCCUCCCCAUAUUCCUCUAGGAGUUGACCAGUUUGACGCUUCUCCCUCCCCAUAUUCCUCUAGGAGUUGACCGGUUUGAUACUGCUCUCCCCCUCCCCAUAUUCCUCUAGGAGUUGACCGGUUUGAUCCUUCUCCCUCCCCAUAUUCCUCUAGGAGUUGACCAGUUUGAUGCUUCUCCCUCCCCAUAUUCCUCUAGGAGUUGACCGGUUUGAUGCUUCUCCCUCCCCAUAUUGCUCUAGGAGUUGACCGGUUUGAUGCUUCUCCCUCCCCAUAUUCCUCUAGGAGUUGACCGGUUUGAUCCUUCUCUCUCCCCAUAUUCCUCUAGGAGUUGACCGGUUUGAUGCUUCUCCCUCCCCAUAUUCCUCUAGGAGUUGACCGGUUUGAUGCUUCUCCCUCCCCAUAUUGCUCUAGGAGUUGACCAGUUUGAUGCUUCUCCCUCCCCAUAUUGCUCUAGGAGUUGACCAGUGCCCUCCUCCAUGUGAAGCUGCAUCUGUUUGUCCAGUCCUUCACCCUGGUCUUCUUCCCUGUUGCCAUGUGGCUCUGUAUCAAACUACUGGCUCUUACCUCCAUCAACACUUGGCUGCUUCGA